AUGAACGGCUCAGAAUCUGGGUUUAACCCAGCAUUUAACAUUGCCACCAUAAAGCAAGUGGUAAAUGAGGCCAUUGAGAGAGUACGGAUGCAGACACCCACCCGGCUGCGGGAUCUCAUACGUCAGAUAAGAGCAGCGAGGACUGCAGCGGAGGAACGCAGUGUGGUUAAUAAGGAAUGCGCGUAUAUUAGGUCCACUUUUAGAGAAGAGGACAGUGUUUGGAGAUGUCGAAACAUCGCGAAGCUUCUGUACAUACACAUGCUGGGAUAUCCAGCGCACUUUGGUCAGUUAGAGUGCCUAAAACUAAUCGCGAGUCCGCGCUUCACGGACAAACGGGUCGGAUACUUGGGCGCCAUGUUGCUACUCGACGAGCGUCAAGAUGUGCAUCUGCUGAUCACGAACUGUCUUAAGAAUGACCUAAACAGUAGCACACAAUUCGUAGUCGGCCUAGCCCUCUGUACAUUAGGCGCGAUUGCUUCGCCGGAAAUGGCUCGGGACCUCGCGUCGGAAGUUGAAAGGCUAAUAAAAUCCCCAAACGCAUACAUAAAGAAGAAGGCAGCGUUGUGCGCCUUCAGGAUAAUACGACGUGUGCCUGAUCUGAUGGAAAUGUUCCUACCGGCCACCAGGAGUUUGCUGACAGAGAAAAAUCAUGGUGUCCUCAUCACUGGUGUUACGCUCAUCACAGAAAUGUGCGAGAACAGCCCGGACACACUCAACCAUUUUAAAAAGGAGAGCGGACAGCGCGAGAUUGUGCCCAAUUUGGUGAGAAUACUGAAGAAUCUUAUAUUAGCUGGAUAUUCGCCGGAACACGAUGUCAGUGGCGUUUCGGAUCCUUUCCUACAGGUGAAAAUCCUCCGUCUUCUCCGAAUAUUGGGUAAGAACGACGCGGAGGCGUCCGAAGCGAUGAACGAUAUUCUCGCCCAAGUCGCAACUAACACGGAGACCAGCAAAAAUGUCGGCAAUACCAUCCUGUACGAGACAGUUCUAUCAAUAAUGGACAUUAAAUCUGAGUGCAGCUUGCGAGUUCUGGCCAUCAAUAUCUUGGGCAGAUUUCUUCUCAACAAUGACAAGAAUAUACGUUAUGUGGCCUUGAACACGUUGUUACGGACGGUGCACGUGGACACUUCGGCUGUGCAAAGGCAUAGGACCACCAUAUUAGAAUGUCUAAAGGACCCGGACGUGUCUAUCCGCCGGCGGGCGAUGGAACUGUCAUUCGCGCUGAUCAACGGGCAGAACAUCCGCGCGAUGAUGAAGGAGCUGCUCGUCUUCCUCGAGCGCUCCGACGCCGAGUUCAAGGCGCACUGCUCCAGCGCCAUGGUGCUGGCGGCCGAGCGCCACGCGCCCUCCAGCAAGUGGCAUCUGGACACGCUGUUCCAGGUCUUGCUGAAGGCGGGCAACUACCUGCGCGACGACACGGUGUCGAGCACGCUGCAGAUCGUGUCGGCGGCGCCGGGCGCGCGCCAGGCCUACGCCGCCAUGCGCCUGUGGACGUCGCUGGAGCGCUCCGCGCUGGCCGCCGACGCCACCGAGAAGCAGCCCCUCAUACAGGUCGCCGCGUGGACUAUUGGUGAAUACGGAGAUAUGUUGGUGUCGGAGGCCAGUAGCGCCAUUUCCAUGGUGGAUGAGGAUGGUGUUGAUGAAUUCACCCGUCCCUCAGAAGAGUAUGUGAUAGACAUAUACCAGAAGCUGUUGUGGUCCACGCAGCUCUCGAUCACCACCAAGGAGUAUUUGCUACUCUCUCUAGCGAAACUAUCCACUCGCUUCACUACACGACCCAGUCAAGACAAAAUACGCGUAAUAAUAGACACUUUCGGCUCGCAUAUUCACAUCGAAUUGCAACAAAGAGGCGUUGAACUAUCACAGUUAUACAAACAGUACGCGCACCUGCGGCCGGCGCUGCUUGAGCGCAUGCCGCCCAUGGAGGCCGCGGCCGCCGAGCGCGACGACAGCGACGCCGAGCCCGAGCCGCAGCCGCCGCCGCACGCCCACGCGCAGCCCGAGCCCGACGCAUUAUUAGACCUUAUCAAUGGAUCAGAGCUGCUCUCAAAUGGUGACGUCGAGCACGCGCCGCCCGCGCCCUCUAACAACAACUCUAAUACUAAUGAUAUCCUGGACCUCCUCAGCGGGCUGGACCUGAGCACGCCCGCGCCCGCUGCCGCCGCCAGCGUCGCCAACAACAACGUGGCGUCGCCGUCGCUGCUGCUCGACGGGUUGUUCGCGCCCGCGCCGCCGCCCGACCAGCCGCAAGAGACGGUGGUGCGCGCGCUGGAGCGCAACGGCGUGACGGUGGAGCUGGCGGCGCUGGCGGCGCGCGGCGACGCCGCCACGCUCACAAUGCGCGCGCGCUCGCUCGCGCCGCUCACAGACUUCCUGUUCCAGGCCGCCGUGCCCAGGACAUUCCGGUUAGAUAUGAUGUCGCCGUCGGGGACGGUACUGACGCCGCAGGGAGAGAUCACGCAAGUCCUCAAAAUCACCAAUCCAUCCAAGGCGCCCCUCCGAUUAAGAAUAAGAGUGUCAUACAACAUUGAGGGCAACCCCGUGCUGGAGCAGGCAGAGGUGAACAACUUCCCACCGGACCUGUUCAAC